AUGAAAUUCUUCACCCCCCUCGCCCUUCUCAUCUCCCUCGCCUCCGCCCACCCUCAACCCAACAUUGCCACCUUUGAGGAGCAGUUUAUCAACUCCCUCCCUCUCGUCUCACGUUCGGAGUCAUCCGCUGGCAACACCUCUGCCAUCACCCUCGUCGGCUACAAGUCUAUCCCCAUCGAGCCGGAGCACGUCGCCGACUUUGAGAAGGACUACUUCGCCAAUGUCUCGCUGUGGGGCAGGAACCGCAUCUAUGACCGCCAAGCCCGCGCCAUAAGGGUCUACUUCCCCGUUGCGGGGGCCCUACUCCCCCUAGGUGCCCGCGGCGAGCACGUUGAGGCUGACCUUCUCGGCCGGGUCCCCUCGACCCACGCCGACGACACCCUCCAGCUGCUCGGGAGGGGCCUGCACGUGCUCGGCCGCAAGAGGACCGACCACGUCACGGGCGUCGAGGGCAACGUCGUCGAGAACGGCAUCAUCUACCUCUCGGAGCCGGCCAAGCCCGUGCGCCACGUCGGCCGCGCCGUCGUCUACAACUUUGGCGGCAAGGAGCUGCACUCGCACGGCCCGUCCGGCCACCCGCACAAGCGCGCCGAGUCGAAGAAGGGGUGUCUGCAGAAUCACAACGGCAAGAACUGCUCCAAGGCCUACGGCAUCAACAAGGGCCGCUGCAAGAUGAACACCAAGGUGUGCAUGGACUACAACGGUGUUGUCACCGACUGCAAGAACUACUCUUCGGGCUGGAAGAAGUACAGGAACUUUGUCGAUAGCGAUUGUGAUGUGUCGCUGGGCAAGGGCCAUUGCUGGAACGAAAUCAUUCCUGAAGGCAACUAUCGCGAAAACUUGAAUUGGGUUGUUGCGCGGACCGCCUUCAAGGUCUUUAGUGGCCACCGUGACUCGUAUCAGCCCGGUGCUUCUACUCUCAGGGGGUUGAGAAGCGGGUUGUUUUCCCGCUUAGGAGCUAUGUCUGAGCUGAGGUCACUUGAUUUCUGA